AUGCCAUCGAUUCCUCUUCACCCGCGCGCGUCCGCCUCGACCAAUUCCCUGACGAACCCUCUCCCUCCGCUCCUCCAGACGCCGUCCGGUCUGGCAAUUCUCGAGCUCCAAGGCACCAUCAACGUUCCCUCGGAGGAAGGCCAGGGCAAUGGCCCGGAACAAGAGCGGAUGGACGACUCCUCCGAUCCAAACGCCCUCACAUUCGAGACCCCCAUCGGCAAGCUCAUGUUCCCGGACUACUGCCCGCAGACGACGCCGCCGGAAGACACCAAGUGGAUGAAGCGGGUCUACCUGUUCGUCGGGCGAUACCAGCGCAUGACAGGGGAGGUGAAGAAAUUGGCGCAACCACUGGCCGUGGUGCAGCGGCGCCCGCAGGCGGAUCUGGCUGAGGCGGAGGGUGAGCAGUUGGAGAUUGUGGAGAUUGUCAAGUACAGGCUGCUGUUUAAGAACCGGCCGGAACCUGUCAAUGAUGUUUGA